CUCACCCACCCACCCGCUCUCUUUCAUACACACAUACAAUCAAUACCUGGACACACAGACACACACACACACCCACACACACAGCCUCACGCUCCGCCCGUCACACAGUCCAUCUGUCUCCACUCGGAACACACUCUCGAGCAGACGCAGGCGAGCUGAGCCGAGCAAGAGAGACAGAGAGCAAGACAGACACAAAGAGAGAGUCCAGGACACACCGCACAGCCUGUGAGGAGAGGAGAGAAGGGAAAAAAACGCUGAAACGCCACGCUAGACACUAGACGCAUUAGUAGCAGGUCUCCUAUACAGCUCUACAGGUUGCUCUCCAGGAUGGCUGCGAUGAAGGAGCAGCAGUUUACCGAGGAGAAACCCCUGUUGCCCGAGCAACGAGGACAGGACGCCGAGAUGCGGCGAAAGAGUGCUCCUGCCUUUUGCGUGAACGCGCUGCCCCGCGCGGCGCCCCCCACAUACCUCUCCGACGCCAGCCGCCCCCGCCUGCGCUGGCACGGGAUUGUCCAGCACCUGGUUCACACCCGCCGUCACCACCACCAGCACCACACCAGACAGGGCCUGUGCCCGGAGAACUGUGAGAACAUGACAGUGGUUGGAGACUGGAAGGAGCACGAUGUGGAGACGCCGUAUGGGAUGCUGCACGUGGUGAUCCGCGGGGCCCCCAAGGGCAACAAGCCAGCCAUCCUCACAUACCACGAUGUGGGCCUCAACCAUAAGAUGUGCUACAACCCCUUCUUCCAGAACGAGGACAUGCAGGAGAUCACUAAGCACUUUGUGGUGUGCCAUGUGGACGCCCCCGGGCAGCAGGUCGGGGCCUCCUCCUUCCCACAGGGGUAUCAGUAUCCCACUAUGGACCAGCUGGCCGGCAUGCUGCCCACUGUCCUGCAGCACUUUGGGUUCAAGAGCAUUGUGGGGAUUGGAGUUGGAGCUGGCGCCUUCGUCCUUGCCAAAUUUGCACUGAUCUUCCCCGACCUGGUGGAGGGCCUUGUUCUGGUUAACAUUGACCCCAAUGGGAAGGGCUGGAUCGACUGGGCCACCACCAAGCUGUCGGGCCUCACCAGCGCUCUGCCAGACACCGUCCUGCCCCAUCUCUUCAGUCAGGAGGAGCUGAUGAACAACGCUGAAGUGGUGCAGAACUACAAGCAGCAGGUCAACACAGUCAACCAGUUCAACUUGCAGCUCUUCUGGAACAUGUACAACAGCCGUAGGGACCUUGAAAUGAACCGCCCCGGGACAGUGCUGAACGCCAAGACACUGAGGUGCAAUGUCAUGCUGGUUGUCGGGGACAAUGCCCCAGCAGAGGAGUGUGUGGUGGAGUGCAACUCUAAGCUGGACCCGACCAAGACCACCUUCCUGAAGAUGGCCGACUCUGGCGGACUUCCUCAGCUCACCCAGCCUGGAAAGCUGACUGAGGCCUUCAAGUACUUCCUCCAGGGGAUGGGAUACAUUGCAUAUGUAAAGGAUCGCAGGUUGAGUGGAGGGCCAGUGCCCUCUGCCAGUAUGACUCGUCUGGCGCGUUCGCGGACGGCAUCCCUGACCAGCGGCAGCUCGAUGGACGGCUCUCGCUCGCGCGCCUGCACCCAGUCAGACAGCAGCGAGGGGGUGGCACAGCUCAGCCACACCAUGGAGGUCUCCUGCUGAAUACAGAGAGAGAGAGAGAGAGAGAGAGAGAGAGAGAGAGAGAGAGAGAGAGAGAGAGAAGGGGACAGGGAGUAAGAAAGCAUGAGAGGGGAAUGAACGACAGUGAGGGAGAGAGGGCAACAGAGGGAUUGGAGCGAGGGAUGACAGAGGAGAGGAGAGAGAAGGAGAACAGGGAGUA